CUCCCUUCCGCCCCCCUGCGCUAAUAUUAUUUGAUGUUUACGUAAGAAUGUUCGAACAGCGACGCCGAAGCGUCUGUCUCUUGUAACGUUCGCGAAUCGAUCGUUAAAACUGAUUCUAUUCAUACGAAACCUAUUUUUAUCGACAUAGGCGAAAUACCUAGAUUGUUCGAGCGAGAUUUCCAGCGAUAUUAGAUCGCGGCGAAUCGAUACGAGUCGAGGAAAGGUACAAAGAGUACUAUGCGACGCGCGUGAGGAUAAAAAAAUAAAAAAGAAAUAGAAAUAAAGAAAUACGAGCGUAAGCGUAAAAGAAAAAAAAAAGAGAAGGAAAAAAAUCUCCCGACGAAACGAAAAUCGCGUGUCCGUAUCGACGAGAAAUUCCUAUCGCAUGCAGAUUUCGUGGCCGUAAGCGGAAUUAAUCCACGAGGAAGUCGCAUAUUUUCAUACACGGCCAUAACUGAACGAUUGCGCAAUGCGAUUUCUCAUUUUACGACACACGACGUGGGCUCGUAAGAUAGGAAAUCGUGGCCACGACCGGCGGAUUCGUCGCUCGUGUUCUCUUCGUCCUUUGAAAGCCGCGUUAAAUGCACACGCAAAUGACUCGAAAUUAACCGGGCGUAAACAACGUCUCUCAUUAUUAAUAAAUUGGUGAAUGGGAGGAUGUGACGCGAGACACGGUUCACCGGGAGGGAAUGUGCACAAUUACGUCGAAUCGAAGCGAAUACGUAUAAUCGCCGUCUGUUUACCUUGAUCGUAACGUUUAACACAAACGAAAACGAGAAGAAAUUGGCUCGAAAGGUGGGUUAAACGAGGAUCACGUUUUAGACAUUCGUCUGCGCUCGCUUCGUCGGGUUUCUCGGUUCACUAUAAAUAGAUGAGAAGAAAAGGGGGGAAUUAAUCAGGCUUACCGAAUGGUAAUUCGUGUCACAAUUGCGUACGAUCGCGCAAAAUCAGUCGUAUCGCCGUUCACGGGAGAGGUAUUUAUUAAACAAAUUGAUUUCUUCGCCGCGGUUCGACACGAUCUGCCCUUGACACGGUUAUUGAGUCGAUGAUAGUUCUCAUAAACGGGGCACCCUAGUUGUCUUUUACACGAGUAUCUGGCGCUGGCUUAUGAAAAUUUUCAAUCCCAGUCCCCGCCACGCGCGAUAUUCCACGCGUGUACGAUUUCUCAUUCGUCGCUUGCGAUCAAUUCGAUUCGUACCGCACGAUUCUACAGUUUCUCAGUAGAGUCGUCCGAUACGAAUCGGACAACAUCGCGAGCCAGUUUCUCGAGAAUGGAUCAAUGGCGAGAAUGGGUACGGGUAAAAUUGGUGGAAACUGUGCCAAAGAGAGGAGAAGGGGUCAAAGCGACGAUAAAAUUGCGAUAUGAUAUGAGGUUUCGCGAGGACGAGGACGUGCACGUAACGCGUCCCAUUCUCGGUUUCCAUUCAUCUUGGACGACGAUUUAACCUGUCGUUAACGACCACCUGACCUUAGCUAACGAUCGGAGAGGAGAAGAGUAGUCGGAGGGAGGUAGAUAGAUAGGUUCGAAGGUCAGUAAAAGCGCAAAUACGCCAGCCCGCUAGAGAGACGGUCGAUCAGAGUUGGCAACGCCAGAGUUCGUUGAGUAGGGAAAGUAGGGAAGGAUGUAAGGCGAAUUCUAUUUGCACGAGGAGGAAAGUGGAGAUCGUUGGCCAAUCGAGGGAAACGAAAAUGGCGGGGGAUUGGCUGCGACGAAGAUCGAUGCGCAACGAGGCGCGCGCGCGCCUGCUCCUUCGCUCCACAUUUCUUCGCUCUUCCCUUCCGCGCGACACGUUACACGUUGAACCGUUAUAUACGCGUCGAGCACGAGAAACAACGAAGGGCAAGGAAAAAGAAGGGAAGAGAGGGGCUUUGGUCGAGGAGCUUGCGUUUCGACUCGGGAGGAUACGUUAUCCCUGCGUAUAUAACACGAUAGAAGGAGGGGGGGGAUAGAUAGAUCGCGUCGCUUCCCUCCCUCUCUCCCUUCUACGUGUCCUCUCCCGAUUUUCCUCCCCGAGGAAGUCGGCCAGUGGAAUCUCGGCCGAUACAAACGCGUGGAACGGCAUCUAGUUGGCAGGGAAGCGCGUCGAGUGGACAGUUGGGAGUCGGAAGAGAGCGUAUGCGCCAUAUGUACAUAAUUACCACGGGCCAAUCGGGGAUUGAAAGCGGUGCACAAGUUUGUCGUAGCGUCGAAGCUCCAGGGUCUGGCUCGUCCCGUUGGUUCCCUCGCGUGCGUGCAUAAGCGCGCGCGCACACACAGCCGCGCAACGGUGGUUCAGUUGGUUAUUGACGUUCGUGUGCACGGGGCGCGUUGCUAGACUCCGUUCAACCACACUCUGUUCGAAAGUCGGGAACAGUAGCGAAAGGGAAAGAGGGAAUUGGCGCGUGGGCAUCUUUCGGUCGCUUUCCAACAUCCCGAGAGAGGAAACCGGAUACCGAAGAGAAGAGAGAAGAAGGAGACGAAGGAGAAAAUAACCACUUCGGGGCCGGGAAAAAAAAGGAAAGACGAGUGACUGUGAUCGCCGCCCGGAAAAAAAUAUCCGAGCGAGGAGUGAGAGGCUGUUGCGAAACCGAGCUACAUGGCUCCGAAAAUUAUUCCUUCUUUCCACCGUCCACGCGUUCUUUGCUAUCCACGUUCGAGCGAGCACCACCGGUUCGAUCAACCGAAGGGGACCUCCAAAUAAUUCUCGAAUAAUUCUCCGAUUGAUUUCCGAUUCGUCGAGACGAAGAAGAGCGAAGUCCAUCCAGAUUUCCAUUUCCGACCUCCGCGCUGUGUUAAAUCUUGAACACGACGUAACACGAGAGUGGACACGAGAGCAGGGACGACCGUGCGACAAGGGAGAGCGUAAAGGGAGAGCAUAAAGAAGGAAGAGAGUGCAAAGGCAUGACGAGCAUGACGAGCACGCGAACGAUGCCGCCCGUUUAACGAAUCGUUGUUUGUAAUAUUUUAUUACACGGUUGGAAAACUGCUCUCUCUACACCGAUCCAAGCUUAUGUCACACGGAAGACGAAAGAGGAGAAAAGCGACGAGAGAGGAAGAACGCAGUGACGCAGUGAGAAAAGAGAGGACGGAAAAUCGGGGAUGCAUGUUCCAGGACAAUAAUCGUGACGACAGCGAUAAUCGUGAAACGUGAGCUUCCUUCGAUUCCUUCGAGUUGUUAAAGUGUGAUUAAUCUCUCUUUUCGCGUGGCUGGACCGCGAGUCAACGCAUCGUCUUUCUCUCCAACGAUUUCGAUGCUUUGUUUUCGCAAGCUAAUGUUCACGCUUGUACGAACAGAAACCUUUUUAACGUGCGAUCGACGUGCACGCAUCACGCUUCUUCGAUCACCCCCUUCUCGCCCCCUUUCUUUCGUCUGAUUUCGUACAUUUCGAAAUUCGCGUUCGUCCUUUUCCCAUCUCUUUCCGUUCCGUAUUAUAAUAUUCGUUCGCGUCGAAAACAAAUCGAAAACAAAAACAAAUCGCGCCCUACGUACGACGAUUUUAUAACAACAUAUAAUAAUAACAACAACAAUAAUACGAUCUACGUAUCGAUUAAAUUAGUCUUCUCUCGGAGACGAAUAUAUAUAUAUAUAUAUAUAUAUCGUCGAGUUGCAAUUCCCGCUCGAAUUAUUCUUCUGCCUCGUAAAAACAUCGCACGAGGUUUUUUGCGACGAGCCACGAGGCGUUUUUCAACCGUUUUUUUCAAACGAGACGUCGCGAUACCGCGUCGAUCGAUGCUGAGAAAAAACACAAUUUUUCACGACGUAAGGCGUAAGGAUAAGAAGGCGAAUAGGGAGAAGAAGAAUAACAAUACCUCUCUACGCGUGUACUCUCUCCUUCCCUUUGUUCGCGGAAAGGUGUCUGCGUCCGCGUGGGAGCCGUUUCGACGAGGUGGCGCGUUCUUCGUACCAGGCAUGCCUUCCGCGUUAUCCUGAGCGAUUUUUCCUACUCGGUGAACGUAAUUAUAACUUCUGAGAGAUAAUUAUUUAACGAAGAAGAGAUAUAUGAUUAAAAGAAAUAUUCUUGUAAUAUAGAGAGAAAAAGAAAAAAAGAAACAUAAGAUCCUCUUAUUGGGAUUCUUUAUUUGUUGAACUGCCGUCGCCGUUCUUCGUAGUCGUUGACGCGUCGUCGUCCUUGUUGUUAUUGUUACACAACCGUUGUUGCACCGUUUCGUGUAAUAGUUUCUCGUCGCUGCCAUUCUACUACCACGCCGUUCUCCUCUCGUCCCCCUUGCCGCCGGUGAUUGUGCCGUUGUGGUGGUUUUCUCCACCACCCUCCCUUCCCUCCCCCUCUCUCCACCCCCCGCCACUACCUCCCCCAAAAAAAUAUCACGCAUCACAUCAUUCUUUUCUAAAUAUCGACCAACUCGAUCCGAUCUGCGAGUCCAUCCCCCCCCCCCUCCCUCCCCAAGAACAAAAUAAAAAUAAAAAGAGAGAGAGAGAAAGGGAAGAACGUUCGAACUCGUCUUUUCGUCUUUGGAAACAAAGAGGUCCGAAGUGAAGCAUGGUAGUCAAGAACGAGAAUACGAGAAAUGGGCAUGAGCUGGCUCCGUUGAACGAGGAACGUCAGGCAGGGCAGAACGUGACAAUCGUGGUAACCGGGAAUCAAAAUGCUGCUGGCAGUCAAGAGACCAAGGAGGAGAACAGGGCGGAAUGGAGCGGGAAGAUGCAAUUUUUCCUCAGUAUUAUCGGUUACAGCGUGGGACUUGGGAAUAUAUGGAGAUUCCCUUACCUGUGCCAACAGAACGGAGGAGGUGCCUUUCUCAUCCCCUUUUUCGUGAUGCUAAUCCUAGAGGGUGUACCCCUCUUUUUAAUCGAGCUGGGUCUCGGUCAACGUAUGCGACAGGGCGCCCUUGGCGUAUGGAACACGAUACAUCCAUGGCUAGGCGGUAUAGGGAUAGCAUCGUGCAUCGUCACCUUCUUCGUAGCACUUUAUUACAACGUCAUCAUUACCUGGUGCUUCUAUUAUCUUUUCAAUUCACUGGAGGCCGUCACGAUUAAAGCUGGCGAACCGUUACCAUGGGCGAAAUGUCCGGAGGUUGAUGGGAAGCCGGUGGAGGAAUGCGUGAAGAGUUCGGAAACUGCCUAUUUUUGGUACAGAACCACUCUGGACGCGGCACCCUCGAUCGAGGAAGGAUCGAGCGGUCUGAAAUGGUGGAUUGUCCUUUGUCUACUGUUGAGUUGGAUCGUCGUCUUUUUUAUCGUGAUGAAAGGAAUACAAUCAUCGGGGAAGGUGGUAUAUUUUACAUCCAUGUUCCCGUAUUUGGUGCUUACUAUCUUUUUUAUUCGUGGAAUAACGUUAAAAGGUGCCAGCGCUGGAUUGGCCCACAUGUACACGCCAAAGAUCGAGAAGCUGUUAGAGCCGACGGUCUGGCUCGACGCGGCGACACAAGUUUUUUAUAGUUUCGGAUUAGCGUUCGGCUCCCUGAUCGCGUUCGGAUCUUACAACACUCCAGACAACCAUUGCGUCCGGGACGUGAUUCUGGUUAGCUGUUGCAACGCCUUCACCGCAAUUUACGCGAGUGUCGUGAUAUUCGCCAUUCUAGGCUUUAAGGCGAUGACAAAUGUCGAUAAGUGCCUCGCAGGUAAUAAAGACUUACUCGUUCAACACGGAUUUGCCUAUCAGAACACCACCAUGGAGAAAUACAAGGAUAUUGUAAAUAAUCUCAAUGUAACAAAAAUGAAUUUCACCCUUGAAACGUGUAGCCUGAGCGAACAAUUGGACAACGCUGCCGAAGGAACGGGAUUAGCUUUCAUAGUGUUCACACAGGCGAUAGUCGAGCUACCAGGCGCUCCUUUCUGGUCCUGUAUUUUCUUUCUGAUGCUUCUAGCUCUCGGUCUCGGUUCCCAAAUCGGUAUACUAGAGGGCAUGCUGUGCGUCAUCUUCGACAUAGAUCUGUUCAAGAGAAUAAAAAAGCAAUACAUGACAGGGGUAGUUUGCACGGUGUGCUUCUUUGUUGGUUUAAUAUUCUGUACCGGAGCCGGAGAAUAUUGGCUGAAGAUGUUCGACAGUUUCGCGGGUACCAUCGGUCUCGUGAUGGUCGCGCUCAUGGAAAUGAUUUCCGUCAUCUUUGUUUACGGCCACGAAAAAUUCACGAAAGAUAUAGAGGAGAUGACGGGGUACAGACCAGGGGCGUAUUGGCAAUUCACUUGGCGAUUUCUCGCUCCCAUAAUCAUGGUCUGCAUCCUUGUCUCCAGUAUAAUCUCCAUGGUUGUGAAAAAGCCUCAAUAUUCCGCGUGGGAUGCGUCACGGGGCAUAGCUGUACCCACCGCGUAUCCCGGCUGGGUGUUGGCUAUAGCGGUCGUCAUCAUUUUUGCGGGCAUCGCGCCAAUACCGAUUGUAUUCCUUUUGAGGCGGUUCCAAUGCGUCAAGUUGGACGUUGACAUUCACCAGGGCAGCAUACGACGUAUCGAUACCACCGUUUCUACCAAAGAAAUGAUGGGAGAUGUCGAUUUGGACGAGUACCACGAUCGCCUCGAAGAUUUUCCCGAGGAGGACGAAGACGUGAACAGCGAUGACGACAACAACAGUGCCCCGCCGAUAACGAAGAUCGUCCCUAACAAACUUCAGGGUAAACCGUUCAAAAUGGAAGUGAUGGACUUUUAAAAGAUGUCAGAUUCGUCGACUCUUGUCGUAUCGUUUACGUGACGACAGAACAUGGAAAGAGGGUUGAUCGAACAUUCUCACCCCCCUUUCGAAUUUCGAUUCUCAGGAAACGCGUAAGACGAUACGAAAUAAUUGCAGGUACGAAUCGACGAAUGAAAGAGAGAGAGAGAGAAAGAGAGAGAGAGAGAGAGAGAGAGAGAGAGAGAAUUGGUGCUUUUCGAGAGCAAUACUAAAUAACUUCCGUCGAAUCCGUGUACACGAAAGUGAUUACACGAGAUUAGCGUGUACGAAGCAAAUAAAAAAAAAAGAGGGAGAAAAAGCGGAGAAAAGUUAGAAAAAUACUCGGUCGAUUCUAAUCGCUUCGUCGCGCCUCCGCUUGCUUCACUUCGAUCGUUCGAUCGAUUUUAUCGAGAUCUAAAUUAAUUUUUAACUGACUGAACGUUAUCGUGCGACGAUCGGUUUUAUUUAUUCGGCUAUUUUUUAUUUAAUCGUUUGAUUCGGUAAUCGGCAUCGCAUAGCGAGUAACGAAAGGAAAAAAAGAAAAAAGAAAAAAAAAACAGAAUUAUGCGCGAACACCCUCUUUAACCACCAGCAAUUGUUACAAAUUAGAUCUCCUUCGCAGAGAGAUGGAAUCGCGUAAAUAAUUAGUCACCUUCCCUCGCGUAAUUUAUAUAGGGAGAGUGGUGCCCGCUUCUACGUUCGAAUUCGAUACAAAAAAACGUUUUGUCUCGUUUUCGAUAUCUAGUUUUACUAUUUUCAACACGACGAGACGAAAGGCGGUUAAAACAAACGAAACAAGUCGAAUGUUCUGACGGAGGCUCGUCCGAUUUUUACAAGAGGAAAAGAUAAACGCUCGAGGCGUGCGUAUUAUUCUCAAUGACACGUACGAUCGAUCGUUCGUCUUUGAAAAUUUCGAUCGAUUUCUUGACGGUGCCUACGUUCCUAUUGCUUCCAAACCUCAGGGGUGAGAGAAGAGAGAGAGGGAGAGAGAGAGAGAGAGAAGAGAGAAGGUUAAAAGUCAAAAGAAGAAAAGAUUUGCAAAUGUCAAAACGUAACUAGAAAUUAUAUGCCUACUCGCCUAAAUAGAAACCGUACGAGUAGGAAAUAGUGUAUAGGCGGUAUCUCUUCGUUUGAGUUUCGUAUGAUAAAACUUCCGAAUCGCUAGUAAAUUCGAUUAUUUAAAAACAGAGAAUGUAGAACCGCGAAAUUCCGUCAGAUGUCCGAGGCAGGAAUGUCGAGACCGGGUCGAAGAAUUUUUUAAGAUCGUACUUAAUAAGAGAGAAAGAGAGCGAGAGCGAGCGAGCGAGCGAGCGAGAGAGAGAGAGAGAGAGAGAGGAAAAAAGGAAGAACCGACAAAAGGAAAUUUUUUCGCGAUGAUUCGAACCUUCAAACCUUUUAGUUAGUCAGUUUCUGAAAAUUGAAUCGAAAAAUCGAUAUCGGUCACGCGAUCGUUCUUUAGGCAAAUUGAACAACGAGAGGCGGAGAAAAAGUAUAAGAUUCGCGUCAUUUCGCAUAUCCGUAUCGAGUUUCUCGUUUACUCUCAGUUUAAAAAUUUAUUAUUAAGCGUGGUCGAUAAUGAUGAUGAACAAAUAUAUUCCGCAAAAAAUAAGAGCGGCCAUCGUCCCGUCGAGCAAACGAAUAAAUUCGCUUGACAAGGUCAGUACCUGGCUCGAGAACAUCGAUAGUAACGCUAAGAAAAUGAAAAGAAAAGAGAAUACCGAUACACUGUUCAUCGCGUUGCGCCGCCAUCGCGAUGCUCGAAAUGCUAUAUUUUUUGCAGCGCGAAUGCUCGGAUUUUUACCCCAUGCAAGGGUAUUACCCCGUUCCACUUCUCCUUUCUUUCCGUUCUUCUGUUUUUUCCAGAUAAACACACCGGAGCAUGAUCGCUGCUGCGUUCGUAGACAUUUAAAUAAUAGAUCGUGUAUAGGGUAUAUUGUAUACACAAAUAUCCAGAACGUUUAAAUAAAAGCUUAUUUAUUGCCGAGUA